AAAGCGGCUUUACAUCGAAGCAGAGUCAUAGCACAGAUCAACUCAGAUCUAAGUGAUCCCUCCUCCCUCCGAAACAAUCAUGAACGCUUUCGCAAUCAUCUUCGCCGCCCUCGUGGCCGUCGCUGCCGCUGGAUACUCCGGAUGGGAAGCCCCGACCAUCUCGCACGCUAAGAUCGCCAAGGUGUCCUACGUCAAGACCCCCGUCGUCUCCACCUCGUACGUCAAGGAGCCAGUCGUUUCCUACAAGCUCCGACCCGUUAAGUCGGUCUCCUAUGUCUCCAAGCCCGUUGUGUCCUACCACUCGGCGCCCGUAAUCUCCUACGCUGCUCCAUCCGCCGGAUGGUGGUAAGCCGAAAUGACUUCGAGUCGUUUCGCCAUCAUUUCAGUUGCCGUUCUGUUACUGUAGAUUCAUAGAUUCAUCGAAACUAUGCUUCCCUCUUUCAUUUUCCGAUUGGGAAUCGCAGCUGUACACUUGUAAUAAAACGUAGCGGGCUUUGAGCCGGCUUACCGCUUCUCUUA